CCCUCGAGUGACGUCGCUUUUGCUGCGUUGGAAGGAGAGCGGAGGAGACGGAGCGGAGGCGCCGCGGGCCGCGCAGGUGGGUGGGGUCCCGUCGGGGUCCCGUCGGGUCCCGGGGCUUCCCUUCUCCCCCUCCCCAGCAGAUCUGCCCCGGGACCCCUCCCGCCCGGUCCUUUCUCUCCGGGGGACCCAGGAGUCCGGCGCCGCCCCGCCCCUCUCUCGGGGGCCCCGACGGCGCGCCCCAGCCUCGGCCUCGACGGGGCGGCGGCUGCCUCCGCCCCCACUGCCCGGCCAAGGCGCGGAUCGGGUGGCGGGGCCUCCUGUUCCCGAGGGGGAGGGCAGCCUCGGCUCGAAACCCCACGUCCCGGGGCAGCCAAGCCCGGAGGGGUGACCUGCCGGAGCCCACCCCCGUCGGGCAACCUGGUGGUCCUGGGAAGGGAGCGAGCGCCCGGCUGGCCCCUUCGGCCUUUGCGGAAUCAUAGACGGAUAGAAGUGGGCAGUUGGGAGGGACCCCGAGGGGCAUCUAGUCCACCCCCUGCAAUGCAGGGGUUACAGCUACAGCAUCCCUGACAGGUGUCUACGCGACCUCGGAUUCAAAGCCUCCAGCCGAAGUGAAGGACGACCCUUUUUGUGGCCCACCCCACCUGCCCAGCGGGGGCUCGGCAGCGAAGCUCCUUCCUUUAGUUCUGGGAGCAUCUCCUUGAGGACAGGUAAGCAAAAUGGGGGGAGCCCAAAGCCCCCCCCCCAGCUCCUGCUUCUCACCACUGCUCCUCUGCACAGCUGUCUCUGUGGUGGCAGGACGGGGGGGGUGAGAGAGGGAGAGCUCACCCUCCAGAUCUCUUGGGCACAGCCUCAGGGGCCCAAGCUGCCUGCAUUUGACAAUGUUAUGGAAAUUAAUGAUGUGCCCUUAUAAACAUACAGGGAUGAGUGCAUUUGCAAAUACACGUCUCCAGGUGUGCCAACUGGAUUUUUUUUGGGGGGGACACACCCAGGUAAGCCCCAUCCCACAGAAUCGAUCACAUGACGCAGUGCACGUACCCCAUAUGAAUGGCAAUGCCCAUUAACUUUGGGGGUGCCUGGCCUCCUAAAAAAAAUUAUUGGGAGGGGCUGAAGGGACCUCGGCCCCCAGGCGUCACUACUCUGCCCUUGUAGACAAAACACCACGGCCUCUGCCGGCAACUCCAGGUAAUGCAAUAGGAGCUGUUGUGGAAAUGGACUUUGCAACAUAACUUGGUGAAAUAUCACUUUUACCAGUAACACCUCAGGUGGAGUAGUACAGAGAGCAAUACGGCAGCCGAGUUUCACCUUCGUCAGUCCCAAAGCAGGAAAUGGUUCCUGAGCCUCCUCUCUCUGUAAAACUGGUUUUAGAGGUAUUGAUAACUCUGCAUGAUGUGUGAAAACAGGUUCUGGAGUCAAGGUAUUUCAAAAGAAUGGCUUAGGCUAGCCAGCAAACGGGAAUCAGUAAAUGUUUCCAGGUAUGUUGACAGACAGGAGACAAGCUACACUCAAAUUUCUCUUUCUGUGAUGCUUGUAGGAUUCUUUUAGUGGGUUUUGGUUAAGGGGUUGAGGAAAGCUUUUAAAAGCUGUUAUUCACCUUUGUUCUGGGUCGUCUUCACCUCCUUGUAAAGUGGGGGGGCUCUGUUGCAAUAGAAAAAUAAAAAUCUGCCUGCUUAGACUGGGUCCUGCCUCCAGUCCUCCUUCUCUGACCAUUCAUGGACAUUGGGGACUCUCUUAAUGGGCAGCUGGACUGCGAAAGCUAACCUCAAUUUUUCAUGUAACAAUGGCCGUUGCCCAUUGGUGGAAUUGGCACUACGUGAUACCCAUUCUGCUUUCCUCAGCACUCAAUCAUUUAGUGUGGCAGCAUCUACACCCUGGAACUCCCUGCCUAUUGAUAUCCGGCAGGUGCCUUGUAGUCUUUUUGGAGCCUGCUAAAAACAUUCUUCUUUUGACAAGCCUACCCUGAAAAUGCUUAGAAAGUUGAUGUGAAUUUUAAUCAGUUUUAAUAUUUAAUAUAAAGUGCUCUUGUAAUUUUUUUUUUAUUUUCUUGUUUUAUCUUUUUGUAAAGCUGAGGGUGAGUUUUUUUGAACAAGUGGAGUACAUGCUCAAAUAAAUAGUCAGUUUUCCUUGGGGGCUCCUGGCCCUGCUGCCUGACCCUGACACCCUCCGUCUCCCUCCCUCCCUCCAGAUGUUGUGCCCAGAGGAAAUGGCUUCUCUGGCAGAUGAGGACCUCCUUGACUUCCUCCUCCAGGAUGGAGGUCCCUCAGCUGAUCUGGGCAAGGGAGGCUUCCUGCCAGAAGACUGGGACUUUCCAGGGCCCGAGGUGAGUGCCAGCUGCCUUGGGCAAGCCAGGGGUGGGGUUGCUGCUGCUCCAGCUCCCCCCCCCCUUGCCUCACGACCUCCUUUCCCUCCAGGCCUUGGGCGAGGAGGAGGUGGACGACUUUCUGAGGUGCCUCCUGAGCCCUUUUGCAGAAGAGUCCAGCGGCUCGCCGGACCCCUCCCCUCCUCACAGCAGCAGCAGCAGCCUUGCCGAAGAGCAGAACUUCUCCUGCAGCCCUGCAAGCUGGGAGGGGUCCCCCACUGGCAGCCCCGCCGGCUCCGAAAGUGUCCAGUCCGACCACAACUACUCCCUGCACCCGACGCUGCCUGGGCCCCCCAUAGGUCCUGCGCUGGAGAACGUCAGCUCCUCCUCGGAUGUGGGCGACGGGGAUGUCGCCAUUGACCUGGGUGAGUGCCCAGGGCAUCUGGGGUGGGGGGUCCAUGCAAUGUCCCUUGGGGCAGGCGCUGAGCUGGGCCAGAGCAGGCAGGCGCUGAGCUUUCCCCUGUGCUUGCUGACGUGGUGCUGCAGAACCUCUCUCUCUCCUUCCCUCCCUCCAUCUCUCUCUCUCUCUCUCUCUCUGUCUCUGCAUCUGCUGAGUAGCUUCUUUAGGACCAGGAAGGAGAGAGUAGGAAGAAAUGGACAGUUCCCCCAGCAGAGGGAAUCAAGGGGUAUCUGGACUGGGACCAGUGCAUAAAUAAUAAUAGUGGUAGUAGUAAUAGUAGUAGUAGUAAUAAUUAUAAUAAUAAUAAUAAAUCUAUUUAUUUAUUUAUACCUUGCCCAUCUGUCUGGGUUUCCCCAGCCACUUGGAUCAGCUUCCAAAAAAAGAUUAAAAAUACAUUAAAACAUCCGUCAUUAAAAACUUCCCUAAGCAGGGCUGCCUUCAGAUGUCUUCUAAAAGUCUGGUAGUUGUUUAUUUGCUUCCUGGUGGGAGGGCAUUCCACAAGGCGGGCGCCACUACCGAGAAGGCCCUCUGCCUGGUUCCCUGUAACCUCACUUCUCACAGGGAGGGAAGCACCAGAAGGCCCUCGGGAGAUGGACCCCGGUGUCCGGGGUGGAGACGCUCCUUCCGGUCUACUGGGUCGAAGCCUCCAGAGCAGGAGAAAACAAGCUGGCUCCAUCUUUGAUUUGUCACUCCUGCUUGGGAGCUUCCCUGGGGCAGGAGGAGGAUGCUGGACAAGGGGGCCCGCUGCCCUGGUCUGACUCGCGGCUGGUCACUCUCUCUGCCCCCCCAUCUCUCAACCCCCACCCCCCCCCGUAGGGAGCUGCCAUCGCCCUGAGCAGGGUCUGGUGGGCUAGAGAGCUGUUCCCUUUGGGAUGCCUUGGAAGGCGAGAGGCAGCGGUUGUGCUUGUUGUUUGCACAAGUGGCCAAUUAGCCCCCACUUCCUCACAUGCGCCGAGCGCCCUCCUCAGUGAGCAGGUGAACAGUAAUGGACGCACAGAGAAUGCAAGCGGUGAGGGAAUGAAAUGCAAAAAGCAAGAGAUUGCCCCGUGGUGAAACCGUUUCUGUGACCUCAUUCACAAAGGAGCGUUGGCAGUGCUGAUUUUGGGCCCGAUCCGUUUGGGGCCAGGAGCAGCCUCUUUCUUGGCUGGCGCGUGGGAUUGGGGUGGAGCCACGAGCGCUGCCAUGUUCUCAUGACAUCCUUGCACCGCCCGGGGCAAAGUGUGCCAAGGAAGGAGAGCAGAGGGGUGUGUGUCCCCCCCGGCAAGCCUGGGCCCUCUGGCCUUGUGGCCCCUUCCACCCCUGACUGUGCGGCCCCCUUUCCUCUUCCAGAGAUGUGGGAGAUCAUGGAGACUUCGUCAGAGUCCUGCUUCAGCGAUCGGGACAGUGCUCUUCCAGUCACAGUUUCCAUUGAGGAACCGACAGCCCAGCCAAGUGGGGGGGACCUGCAGGUACAAGACGGCCGUGUGCCCCCCUCCGCCCCCAAUAUGCUUGGCUCUCGGGGGAGGCUCCCACAGGGGCUUCCCUUCUCCUGCCUCUUGGGGGGUGCAGCCUGGCAGACCCCCACCCAGCCCUACCUCUGAAUGUGGUGCUUUUUCAGUUUGACUUCCCUCAGCUGAUUCUGACGGAUGAGGAGAAGAAGCUUCUGGAGAAAGAGGGCGUCUCGAUCCCUUCCAACCUGCCGCUGACCAAGGUGGGUGCCACAAACUCUGCACGUGUGCGUGCGCACCCUUGCCCUGAGGUGCGCUUCUGGGCACGGUGGGCAGAGGCAAGCGGGAAAUGGGGGUGCAAUUCCUGGCUGCAAUUCCUGCUUCUCCCGGGGGGGGGGCUUUCUGGAUGGGCUCUCUGUUUUUCUCUGGUGAGGUCUAGGUGCUUGAUUCCAGAGUAAAGGAGGGCCCUUCCUACCAGGGGGUGGUGCUUUUAUAGCCAGCCUCCUGUACUUCCCGGGGUGAAUGCCCCUUGGGGUUUUUUGGGGGGCACAUCCUCUUUGCUCCUGGGUGAACUGGAGGAGGGUUGUUGGCUGCCAGCCUGGCCCUGGCUGACCCUCAGAGCCCUGUGCCCUGCAGGCCGAGGAGCGGGUUCUGAAGAGAGUUCGCCGGAAGAUCCGGAACAAGCAGUCAGCCCAGGACAGCCGCCGGCGGAAGAAGGUCUACAUGGACAGCCUGGAGAGCAGGUGAGGAAUCAGAAUGGGGGAGUUGGAAGGGACCCCAGGGGGUCUGUGGCGGGCAUGGCGGCACUUUUCCUCUCACGCCGUUGAGCCCGCUGUCACCUAGAUAAAUUGCCCCCACCUCACUGAACAACCCUUUACCCGAAAGUUUCUUUUCCUUUCUGCUUAAAAAUUCUAGCCCAGAGUAUCCUGCGGGGGACCUUUGUGAGGGGAUAACUAGAAAGUUGGAGUCUCAGACAGGUUUUCUUUAAAUAAACAAUUAAGCUUUAUUUAAGGCAAGAUAGUAUAUAGCACAUAUGGAUUAAACUUAGGUUACUUCCAGAAUACAGUGCGAUUUCACUUUAUUUCGUCCUCAGUUGUUUUUGCGUUAUAGGUUUGGUUCUUUCUUUCAGUUCUCCACCCCCUUUACCACUCCUGAGGCACUUUAGGAAAUAGACCCAAGGGCUCUCCACCCCCCUCCCUUCACUGGGCUUGGGAGUUGCUUCUUCUCCUUAGAAGAAUCUCUCCCCUCCGGACUAGAUUGGAGUCCCAAGGAGGCUGUUCCUUUCCAGCUCCUUCUUCUCCUUGCUCAACAUCGGCCUCCCUGUAAAAUUCCGGUCUACUCCUCCCCCAGGAGUCCACACUCUGUCCUUCCCAAUACACUCAGAGCGGAAGUUGUUUUUCCCCAGAACCAGCUCUUUCUCCCUUUCGCUCUUUCUCCCUCAACCUGCCUCCCUACCUGUCUCCCAGCCUCUCCAACCUCUUUCCAACCAACUCCCAACUAACUAUCCUCAAAUCCUCUCCUUUUAAACUCUCCCUCCUGGAACCUCAGCCAACCAGAGGCAGCCUUAACUAUUUGCUUCCUUAACCAUUUGCUGGUAGGGAAAGAAAGAAAGAAAGAAAGAAGGGGGGAGCAGAGAGAAACACUUGUUGAUUCAACCUGUCCAGCAAAACCAACUUUUUUGUCACAGGGUCAUGUAGCCCAGCCCCCUGCCAUGCCAAAAUCGCAGUGCCAGAGUCCCUGAUAGGUGGCCAUCUGACUGACUGGUGCUUCUAAACCUUCACUGAAGGAGCAUCCACCACCUCCCAAGGGAGUCCAGGGGGGAAGUGGGGGGGCAGAGGCCUCUUGGGCAUGGGGGGAGGGAGGGAGAGAGGAUGGACACCCCGGGGAGGCAGGCAGAGCAGAGGGGAGGGUUUCCUCAGCACUGAGAGGGGGCUUUGCAGACCCAGGUGUGCUUCCCUGCCUUCCUGCCUUGGGGCUCCUCUGCCCCCCUGCCCCUGCACCUCCAUGGCCCCAUCUGAGACCCAGGCUGCCAGGCCCCUCCUGACCCUCUUCCUCUCCUGUCCCUCCCUGCAGGGUCGUCGUCUGUACAGCGCAGAACAACGAACUUCAGAAGAAAGUCCAGCUGCUGCAGAAGCAGAACAUGUGAGCGCCUCCUUUGCCGGGCGGGUCCCUGGGAAGGAGGGUGGGCUCCCCUGGGACCUCACCACCACCUCCUCCCAAGGGGGGCCCUGGGGAGAACGGAGGUGGGGGGUCUUCCAGCCCAAGGCAGAGAGCAAGGGGGCAGCCCCAGUGGCGGUUCCUCCUUCGCUGACCUCCUGCCGCUGACACACGGCUUUGGGUUUUGUCAUCUUGCUGUGCUGUGCCCACUGUGACAGCCCUGUGGAGGGAGGUGGGCCACUCCUGCUCCCAUUUCAUGGGUGGGGGCGUUGAGGCCGAGAGGAUGGCUGUCCCCAGGCUCCAUAGGGCAGGGCAGAAACCCGCCCCUCCAGACCCCGCAUCCUCAGUCAGGUCCCCUGGUCAUGUUGGACCCUUUCUGGGAGGUGCGUCUGGCUGCAGAGGAGAGCGGGGGCUCGGGGGCAGCGGGAGGCUGACCGGCUGCUCUGCCUCUCCUGCAGGUCCUUGCUGGAGCAACUGCGGAAGCUGCAAGCCCUGAUCCAGCACUCGACCACCAAGACCACCACGGCCAGCACCUGUGUCCUGGUGAGUUGCAGGACCCCUGCAGCCCCUUGGCUCAGCAAUCCACCCCAGCCUGCUGGCCCCCCUUCUUGGCCAGAGGGGCUCUGCCUUGUUCCUGGGGGGAGAGGCAUCUUCUGUCUGUCACUGGUGCCUCUGACUUCCAGCAUUGAGGACUCCUGACUUCUGUGAGGUCCUGGUCCUCCUCCUCCUCGCACCCCUUCCAGCCCCCCCAGGUGCUCUGCUCUCCUGAGCUGCCCCCAGGCUGCCUGCUGCCUGCCUUUGCAGCCCUUGCUGAGGGAUCCCUGCCCUGGGCUCCCUCUCCUGGGGGGUUGGACUAGAAGACCCUUUGGGGCCCCUCCAAUGCCACAAUUCUCUGUUUCCGCGAUAGGUCCUGGUCUUCUCCUUCUGCCUGAUCCUCUGGCCCAGCUACUACCCCUUUGGAGGAAGCCAGCAGAAGCAGCUGGAGCUCCAGGGAGGUGAGUGUCCUCAAAGGGUGCCAAGGCGGCUCUUGCAAAAGCCACACGCUGCUGGGGAGGGGGUCGGGUGCAAGUUGGAAGGACAUGGGGGCCCCCUUGCCUGGAAAUGGACAGGCUGGCUCAACAGCCCCUGAACCCCACCUUCUUAAUCCGGACAGAAAGCAUCUUGGGCAAAGUUUUUCCUGGGAUCUCCCCCCCCCCCGCCCCCCCAGCUGAACAGAGCAGCUCCCAGGGCACAGUGGCUUGUUGUCCUGAGACCCUCCGUUUGGCCUUUCCCUGAGGCAUCACGCAGGGUCCGGCCCUUGCAGGAGGCAGCCCAGAAGUCCUUGCCACGCAUUUCACAGGUCUAGCGCCUUCAGAAAAUGUGGGGAAGAGGAAGAACCUUGAUUCUGGAGUGAGCAGAGGGGUGGCGGGGAGGGGGGACUCUGUGGCAGCAGAUAAUGCAGUCAAGAUCAGCCAGAUCUCAGCUUGUUUUCUCUGACUGAUAGUGGGCCUUGAAUGGGAGCUGGGCUGUAAAAGCUUUCUGUGUGUGUGUGUGUGUGUGUGUGUGUGUGUGUGUGUGUGUCUGUGUGUGUGUGUGUGUGUGUGUGUGUGAGAGAGAGAGAGAGAGAGAGAGAGAAAGAAAGGGAGAGAGAGAGCGAAGUUCUGGGUUCUGCAGCUCAGGAGUAGCCACACUGACACUCAACAUCUUCUUGAGUGGGAAAGAGGAAGGUCCAGCCUUGUUGCAUUUAAUUUCGGAAGAGAGAACUCCUCCAAGGAAGAUGACCUGGAAGGGAGGGCCAGGAAAAGCCCUGCAGCUGGAUCAGGCCCACAGCAUGCCUUGCUCUCUUGGGAGCCAGCCAUGUCCCAGGGACACCCCCAAGCUGAAUGCCAGCUUAGGAGGUUUAGCGGUUAGCAUAACAGAGGCUUGGUUGAGUCGUAUGCUAGAGAGAGUGAGGGGAUGCCAGCAGGACUGAACCGCAGAGUCAAGGCCAGACGGGGGCUCCUCACCCCCCGCUUAUAUUUUUUUUAAAAAAAUAAUAUUUAUUACUUUUAAACCUUACAAAAAGGAGAAAAUAAAAGAAGAAAGAAAAGGAAAGGAAAAGCAAAAAAAACACAAAACAAAACAAUACAAUACAGUACAAUAUAUAAUCAAUACACAACACAACAUUAACAUUAACACAUUAAACAAAACAAGAGCAAAAACAAUUCAAAAAACACACAUCAUACCAUCUCAAUAUCCUCUCUUUCAUUCCCUUGUUUCAUCGACCUCCUUUCACCUCCCUUUUUGUAUUUCAUUUCUAUUAAUUAUUUCAGCAAAUCCUUUCCAUCUUUCUCUAUUUUCUGUCAUGUGAUUAUCUUAACAUAUUUUAACCUUAUUUUCCAUUAAUACUAUAAUACUUAUUUAUGCUUAAUUCCUUAAAACAUUUCUACUAAAGCCAUAUAAUUCCCUCCCAACAUUUUUCUAACACUCAUUAAUUUUACAUUAUUUCCAUAUAUAGAUUUUAAACUUUUUCCAAUAUUCUUCCACCGUCUCUUCUCCCUGGUCUCGGAUUCUGCCAGUCAUUUCCGUCAAUUCCAUAUAGUCCAUCAACCUGGUGAUCUUCUGUCCGAGGCUCUUAACUCUUUUCCAAGUCCCUUCUGCAAGUCUUCUUCAUAUUUAUACAUGCACUUUACUUUGUCUUCUCCUGAUCUUGUUCUUAUUUUCCUUCCUUUGAUGCUGAAAAGUGGAUCUCGGGGAAAUCCCAUCUAGCAAUGUUUUUAUUCCUUCUCGACAAGUCAGCCAAAUCUCCAUAGUUAAAACUGAAAUUCAAAAGAUAUUUCCAGUCGUAUUUCAAAGUUCCUCCAAGUCUGGCGGUCCCCACAACUCCAGUCUCCUCCUGACCCAAGUCCAGGUCCCAAAGGUCAAUAAAUCCCUGCAUGAAGGGAUCUAUCCAACUUUCCUUCUCCAGUCCAAGCGGGGCUCCAAUCCUCAAAGUCUGACUUUCUCUAAAUUCAGUCUUAAAAGGCAUCAACUUAUAAUCAUCAAAUUGCAUCUGUAAGGCUGGGGCUCUCUCCCUCUCCACUUGUGCAGCUUUAGGUUCCACAACAACCACUUUCUCCCCCGCCUUCUCCUCAAUUUGCCAUGUCAAAAUAGAUCCCUGUAUCGAUUCCUGAGUAAUUUCUGUAUUAAUAUUCACUUUUUGUCCCAAAUUAGUCACUUUUUGUUCCAAGUUAUCAAUUUUUAUAGUCCUCGCAUCCAUCUUCUUAUGGAGCUGUUCCAGUGAAUCAUUAAUCUUACAUAAUGCAACCACUAAGGCUUCUUCUGUCAACAUUCUUAACGGUCCAAGGUCAAUCCCAGAUUCUCACAGUUUUAUCUUGCAGGUGGAAAUUUCCCAGCUCAGCUCAUGUAACAAUUUCAAAAGCGUCCUCUAGGGGAAAACAAUUUCUAUUUGUAUCAAUCCUUUUAAGCACAGUUCAAACAAUAAAGUUAGUUUCAAUUUUCAAUUACUUUUACUCCUUUUUAAACGCAGAAGGAGACAAUGGAAACAAUGUAUUUCUCUUCUUUAACUUACUGUCAACAAACGAUCUAUUCACAGUCAAUGAGCAUAUCCAAAACUUCAGUCUUUUUGGCAGCCCGUUUCCAGGUUCAGAGCGGUGGUAAUUUAACUUUCUUCACUCUCUCCUGCAGGCUUACGCGAUCUAAAAUUUCCCCCCUCUUCUCCUGCUUCCAAGGGGGGUUUGAUGAUUUAGCCGCUGGAAGUUUAAUCCUUUAUGAAGGGCUUUCCAAGACUUUAGCUUGCAGCCUCUUUGCUUCAGUCUAUAUACAAAAGGGGAAGGCGGACUUCCUGUUUGAAACCUCCCCGUUUCGGUGCCAAAUUAAGACGUUUAAAAAUCCAAUUUUCCGUUCUACUCACGGGUAGUUGUUUUAAGAUCAAAUUGUCCACAGGAAAAAGUCAGCGCUCUCCGGCAACAGCAAUGCGGCUUCACUCCAUGAAAGAAGCAAUCAAUUCGAAGCACCGCACCACUCACCCCACGUUGCUCCAGAUCCCCGAAACCGGGUUUCCCCGCGAGUAGGGGAGGCGCAAAAGGUGCCAGCCGAAUCCCACGUUCACAGGCUUCUCCCGCCUGUGAUUUUUGGUGGGUCCCCGCCUUCGCCGUGGCGGCCAGACCCUAAUUUCCACGAAGCAAAUUCCUCCCGAUCAGAGGAGUUCAGCCAUUACCGGAGGCGCUAACCCGGAAGUCCCUCACCCCCCCCCGCUUAUACGCUCCCUUUGCCCUUGCAGUGCUGUCCCGGAGGCUGCGGGAGUACCAGAGCAGCGUUCCCCAGUUCCAGCCAGUGGAAGCAGCCCCUGGCCUUGCCCCACCCUCCGCACUGAAGGCAGAGCCCACGGCCGCCCUGAAGGACGCAGCAGCGGGGAGCCUCAACCGGUCCCUGGAGGGCCACCGCAGCCCCCCCGCCGAGGCCCAGCCGCCCUCCAGCAGCAGCAGCAGCAGCAACUCCUCUUCCGACCCCUCGGCUUCUCCGCAAGCAGAGGGGCUUCCUUUGGCCCCCGAGCACCAGCCUUUGGGGAAGGAGAGGGCCCUCCCGCCGGCCUCUGCCCACCCCCGGGAGCGGGGCUGGGUCGAUCGCACCACCAGCGUGGUCAUCCAGCCACGCCACUCGGAUGAGAUGUGAGGGCUUGGCCAGCAGCCCGUGAAUGGCGGGACAGGCUGGCAGACGCCGCCAUGGAAAGACCGGGGGGCUCCCGGCCUGCCACUUUUUUGCAGGGGGAGAAGAGAAACUGUGCCUGGUGGAGAGACAGAAGCAUUUAUUUAGCAUCCCGGACCCUGGCACCUGGGGGGGGGGAGGCAUCCUCCAGCUCAUUGGGCGAGGGGGGGCUCCAAGAAACGGCUCCACUCCAGAGUCCGACUCUGGUCUUGAGGGGCCCAGAACUGAGCCAUGGAGGCCUGGACUGUGGCUCUUGUGACCCCCCCCACGUACCGCUUGUGUGUCACCUGUAGUGGAAGCCUCCUGAGAAGCAGCCUCUUCCUCCCCCUGCCUUUGCUUGUAUCUCUUAGGGUGCCUCCACCCCCAGAUUAGCAGUGGAGGGGGGCCCUUUGUGCAGGGGAACGAGCCAAAAGUGGGAGGGGUGCUAUUUGCAGGUAGGGAGGCAGGCUGCUCCAGAUGCAUUGCCUUGGCAUGUGUGGCCCCCACCCACAGAGCAGACCCCCCCGUUCAAUCCAGGCACCUGGAAGAGCAACUCCAGCAUCUGCCCAAAGGAUGCGCUUUCAUUGCUGAGACCCCCAGAAGCUGCCACCCUGGAUCCCUGAAUGCUCUUGCUGUGGCUCUUGCUCUGCCGCCUCCAGGCCCAGUCCUGACCUCUGAGUGGGUGGCGCUGUCUUGGUCCAGGGAAGAAGCCCUGCCCCCUGCCUGCUGAGAUGCCCUGAAGGGAGUCCCUGCCCCCCCGUCAGGCUUGGAGGAGCUUCCUGGACAAAGGGCCCUGGCGACCCCCCUCCCUUCGCUCAAGGGGGCCCAGCAGGGCCAUUGGUCAGGGCUGGAAACAGGAGCUGGAAUCGAGCAGCCGUGGGCAUGGGUGGCUGUGCAGAGCAGCCCCUUACCCAUCCGGGGGGGGGGGAGAGAUAGGCCUGGGGAGUAACCUGGAGCCCUUCUCCUUCCUUUCCACUCUUGAAAUGGACUCCUCUUCCGUUUGUUUCAUUGUUCUUGCUUUUAUCAAUUUUACCAUUGAAAGAAGCUGGGUGGGGUGGGGAGGAUAAUAGUUUAGCCCAGAAUCUGGAUGUAAAUGUAAAUAAUAAAUGACUACAAAAUGGUU